UUCCAAGCAAUGGAUGCUACAGAUAGUGCUGAGUUUAGGCAAUCUUCUUCCAUUUCCAAACCCUCUUUCGUUGGUAUGAUCAAUAUCUUGGUUGUGGACGACGAUGCCACCACUCUAGCUAUUGUUUCAGCAAUGCUCAAAACAUGGAGCUAUCAAGUUGUCGCUGUUAAGAAUCCUAUGGAUGCUUUGGCUAUUCUUCGAGCACAAAAAGGCGCAUUUGAUCUUGUUGUUACGGACCUCCAUAUGCCUCAGAUGGAUGGGUUUGAAUUACACAAGCAUGUUCGUGAUGAGUUUAAGCUACCUGUUAUUAUGAUGUCCGCAGAUGACAACGAGAAUGUGAUACUAAAGAGUUUAGAGGGCGGAUUUGCUGAUUAUAUGGUAAAGCCUGUGAGCAAAGAUGACAUUAAAAAUGUAUGGCAGUAUGCUGAGGCAGCUAAGAAAGGUAAAUCUGUUGUCAUAGAGGAAAUAGAAGGUGCUCCAAGAGAAGCACCUGGUGAGGUGGACAAUGGAAUUAACUCUGGGAUGUCUUCGGAUACUGAUGAGGAACAACUUGAGAAAAAGGCCGAGGCAAAGGCGAAGAAGGCAAAAAAGAGAAAUAGGGAAGGCGAUAAUGAGGAACGCAUGGUUGCACCAAAGAAGCCAAAAGUGGUGUGGACAAAUUCACUUCACAAUCAGUUUCUAUUGGCCAUUAGACACAUCGGUUUGGACAAGGCAGUGCCAAAGAGGAUUCUCGAGUUCAUGAAUGUGCCAGGCUUGACCAGGGAAAAUGUAGCUAGUCAUUUGCAGAAGUAUCGUAUGUUCUUGAAACGAGUUGCUGAGAAAGCUAGACUUUCCAAGUGCUUGUCUGAGAGGGUGUUCAGGUCAAGCUUUGCAUUUGCCCAUCCAGGACCGGUCUUCAAUAGUAUGGAAGCAGGAGACCAAUAUUCACAGUACCUGAAAUUACAACAGCAAAUGGGAGCAUCUCCAAUCAAUAUUGCCUCUGCAUUUCAACUAUCCUCAGCUGGGAUUGAUGGAAAUACCACUAAUCUCCUUGGCUCGAUCCAAUACCCUAAUUAUCAGCAAUCUUCAUGCAGCAGCAACACCAUGAGAUCCAUGCCUCAACUUAUCGGUUCGGGGCAGUCCCGUCUGCUGAACCAUAUCACUCAAGCUAAUCUUCUCCGCCAUCAACCAUGGCUUGGAAAUGUGAAUCAUCAGCUGAUUUCUCAAGCAAGUCGCCGCCCAGGGGUUAUUGGAAUGCAACAACUGAUGAACAAUUUUGGAUCAAGUGGAGGCAUGUCUUCUAAUGCUGCCAAUACAACUGGACUUACCACCAAUAAUAUUAUUACAAAUAAUUUGAUCCAAAUUUUCCAACAAGCAAGGCAGCAUGGCAUUUUCACCAAUAACAACCCAUUCAGCUACAAGUUUGGCACACCUGGAAUUCAGAACAAUGUUACUAAUCAGCAGCUGAUUGGUAAUUUUUCAGGAACCCAAAUGAUGAGCCCUAAUGGCAGAUCUGAGCUACUGGGAAUACUCAAUAAUUUCAAUGGGACUGGUGGAUUUUCAUCAAAUGGGUUUAACUUCAACAAUGAGACUAUCAAUGGCUUGACCAAUAGGGUUCAAAACGUGAGUCUGAGUGGUACUACUCCACCAAUGGCUACCUUAGGAGGUUCUUCAUCGUUGUCGCCUUCUGCUGGGAUUGGGACUAGCACUACUACUUCUAGUGCAUAUCAGUUUCGAAAAGAUUUCAGUAACAACAGAGAAGAUCAGCAACAAAAUGUUUCAGUGUUGCCACCGCCAGCAGAGAAUACCGAUGAUAAUAGCACUACUACUCCUACAUUGGUCAACAAGAAUAAUUUGUCUCCAGGACAAGAAAUGGACAAAGCUCUUGAUGAUUUGAUGAUUAGUAAUCUUUUCGUGGACCAGCAGAACAACUAUCAGCCUCCUCCUUCUUCUCAGCAACAAGGUGGAGAUCAAGAUCAACUUCCUCCUGACUUCUCUAGUUUCUUAUAUCCAGUUGAAGUGCCGGACGCUACUCCGAAUCAAAUGAACCCUGCUGUUGCGGACCAAGGUCUGGACACUGCUGUGAACAAAGUUUCCGACCCUUCUCCUGACCAGGUCCCAAAACCUAACUCUUCUGGCACAUACUGUGUCGAAGAAAAUGCACCUAAUGAACAAUCUUGGAGCCAGCAGCAGGGAGGUGAUCAACAAGUCCUCAACCCUGAAUUCAGCGGCAAUGUCUUUGAAUCAGAGGACUACAACAUGUUAUUUCAGACAGCACUCCCUUUUCCGGAUUGUGACGAUGAUUUCCUGAAUGCCUUAUUAGGUGAUGGUUUGUAG